UUUCCCAGGCUUGGUUACCCGGAAGUCUUGUUACAUGAGCUUCAAAGGAAAUAUACAGGCAUAGCACAAUAGAGCUUAUAGAAGAAUUCUUUGUUUAGCACUAUUGCAAACCUGGAGUGACAAUGGAGCUGGGAAUAACAGGGACCCUUCUCGUGGCUACCUUUGUAAGCCUUAUUGUCUACUUCUUCACAACUAAGAGGAAAAUGAAGUGGAAGGAUAUGCCCCCCGGACCACCCCCACUUCCGUUGCUGGGCACUAUGCUGCAUAUGAGCACUAAGGAAUUGCCCAAGUCUUUGGUAAAGCUAAGUGAGCAGUAUGGACCAGUGUUUACCAUCUUUAUGGCCAAUGACCCAAUAGUUGUUCUAGCCGGUUACGAGUGUGUAAAAGAGGCCUUUGUGGAUCGCAGUGAUGCAUUCAGUGACAGAGCAAAGACUGAUUUAGCCACUCUGGUUUUUAAAGAUUAUGGGGUGAUCCUGAGUAAUGGGGAACGCUGGAAACAGAUACGGCGCUUCACGCUCACUACCUUGAGGGAUUUUGGAAUGGGCAAGAGAAGCAUUGAGGAGCGGAUCCAGGAGGAGGCCCGCUGCCUGGGAGAAAGCUUCUGGAAAAAUGGAGGCUCUCCGUUUGACCCAACAGAUCUUCUGCGUUUGGCAGUCUCCAAUGUUAUCUGCUCCAUUGUUUUUGGAGAACGCUAUGAAUAUGAAGAUCAGAAAUUCAUGACUCUUCUGUCUUUGCUGAAGGAACUCUUCUCAACCCUUGCUUCUCCAUGGGGUAUUCUACUCAAUUUAUUCCCAAAAACUAUGCAUGCUCUGCCUGGGCCUCAUCAGAAAGUCUUCAAAAACACUGACAAAAUGAAAGAUUUCAUUCGUGAGUCUGUGCAAAACCACAAGAAGACAAUCGAUAUGGCUUGUCCACGGGACAUUAUUGACAGCUUCCUGAUAAAAAUGGAGGAAGAGAAGGAUAAUCCAAGCACUGAAUUUCACUUUGAUAACAUGUUUGCGACAGUCAUUGACCUUUUCUUUGCUGGAGUGGAAACCACUAGCGUAACUUUGAAGAAUGCUUUCCUCAUCCUCCUGAAACACACAGAGGUGACAAGGAAGAUUCAGGAGGAAAUAGACAAUGUUAUUGGACAGAGCCGAUGCCCAUCGAUGGAAGAUCGUAGCAAGAUGCCAUACACAGACGCUGUGAUUCAUGAGAUCCAGCGAUUUGCCGACAUAGUGCCCCUUGGAGUGCCACAUGCUACUAGCAAAGACACAGAAUUCCGGGGAUACAAAAUACCAAAGGCUACAAUGGUUUCCCCUCUGAUGGGUUCCGUGCUCAAGGACCCCAAGUUUUUCAAGCACCCGGAAGAGUUUGACCCUGAACACUUUCUGGAUGAAAACGGGCUCUUCAAGAACAGUGAUGCCUUUCUGCCAUUUUCUACAGGGAAGAGAAUAUGUCUCGGAGAGGGUUUGGCUCGGAUGGAGAUCUUCCUUUUCUUGACUACCAUACUGCAAAAGUUUUCACUAAAAACAAAUAAGGCUCCUGAAGAUAUUGACAUAACUCCAGAACCUGGAAAAAAUGGUGUUUUACCUCGUUCAUAUCAGAUGCAUGUGGAGCCCAGAUAGCAGAGCCUUUGUAAUAAAUAAUUUACAGUACCAAUACAUAUGUUCACUUUUUCUCAACUUGAUUGACCAUCGUGUGCAUUUGUACACAGUGAUAUUACAAUGAAUAACCUAUAAUGCCAUUAUCAUGGAACCAGCUAAAUAAACUCAAUAAAAUUA